UCCAUCCAUGCUUUAGAUGAGAGAGGGAGAGCAAGUAGUACAGUAACAGAAGAAGGUUUAAGAGAGAGUUUAGGUCCACCAACUGGUGGUUAGAGAUUGAAAUCCUUAACCAAACAUCAUCAACAAGAACAGCAACAGCAAAGAAUAACAAGAACCAAGUAAUCUAAGCAACAACAACAGCAACAAUAUCACUACUAUUAACAGCAGCAACAACAACAACAACCAAGAAAGACACUAACCAAGAAAGCUAAGAAAACCCGUUUGAGGAGAGUGAGAAAGAGAAAGAGAAACGGUCCCUUGACAUUAAAAAGAAAGUGGGAAAAAAAGAAAGCUUGUUGGGGCUUUCGCGUAGAAAUAGAGAGAAGAGACAGAUGAGAAAACUGUUCUGUUUGUGUGUGCGUUUUGUGAAGUGCAAGCAGUCUCUCACGUGGGGAUAGUAGAAGAAAGAUAGUAUUAUCAAUUAUGACGAUGGAAUGGAUGGAGAAUAUAUGAUAAGAAAAGACCAAAGAGAGUAAAGGCGUGAUCAUUUUUUUGUACUUUCUACUUUACUUAUUGAAGUCCCUUCUAUUUUUCCUUUUCUUUUUUCUUGUUCUCAUUUUUGAAUUUUGGAGUUCUUGCUCCUCGGUGACUUUCUCUGGGGUUGUGCGUGUGAGAGAAAGAGAGGGAAUCCGUAGGUGUCUGUGUUUAUGCCUGAAAUUUGAGUCCUGGGAUCGGUAUGUUUCCAUUGAAGGAGGAUUGGCUCUGCCGAUCGGAGCUUUUGUGUUCCCCACAGGACACACAACUGCUACUGGUUUUCAGCUUCUUGACUAUGCAGAGGCUGUGAUCACCAGUUAAUGACCUGUUUGAGGAGAUAGUAACUCAUUGAAGUCAAAAUUCUUCAGAAGGGAAAUUCUUGAAUCGGCUAGAAUAGAUGGCCGCAUAUUUUCCUGGUUCAGAAAAUGAAAGAGAUAUGUCAACAAUGCUCCACUUAAGGGAAUCUUUAUCUAGUUCUUAUUCAAAUGCACCAGUGCUUCCUGGAAAUUUGAUGAUGUAUAUGAACUACUCAUCUUCUUCGGGGUCAUAUUCAGGUGCAUUGGCAGGAAAUUCACAAAACCAUGGCAGCAGCAUUACUGAUCUGCUAGUAGCUUCAAGUUCCAAAGCAUCUGAACAAGAAAAUCUGGUUGACCUUGGAGGGCAGAGAAUUGGGGAGCAUGACUUGACUGAAUGGAAAAAUGGUAGAAAUAACAUGCUAUUAAUGUACCCUGGGGGUGAUGCUGCUGGUGUCCUUCAAAAUCCACAAAACAUGCAGAUUCAGGGAUUAUCUCUUACUCUGAGUACACAUGUACCAUCAGGUUUUCAAGUGUCAUCACUACAAUGUAGUUCUCCUAAUCCUGGUUAUUCUUCCUUGUUGAGCGCUAAUCCAUCUAUACCAGCUGUAGGCACUGGUAGAAAUGGGUACUUUGAAAAUCUUGAUAGUUCCCAAAGUAAACAGUCAAGACACAUCGAGUAUGUUUCUUCUGGCUUUCCAGGAAGCAAUUCAGAUACAGCACGAGCUGAUGUAUCUCCUUAUGGAAUGCCAAGCAUUGCAAGAGCUGUUCCAAAUUCGAAGUAUCUGAAGGCAGCUCAGCAACUGCUUGAUGAAGUUGUUAAUGUGAGAAAAGCUCUCAAGGAGCAUAAUCCAAAGAAGGGUGCAAUGAAAGAUUCCAAAGAAUCACAUGGAGAUCCAAAAAAUGGAGAGUCAGAUUAUCCAAUAUGUGGAUCAUCUACAAAUGCACAAGAAUCAAGCAGUAACUCUGCCAGUGAACUUUCUGCAGCUGAGAAACAAGAUUUGCAGAGUAAAAUGUCAAAGCUUUUGGCAAUGAUGGAUGAGGUUGACAAAAGGUACAAACAGUAUUAUCAUCAAAUGCAGAUUGUAGUGUCAUCAUUUGAUGUUAUAGCGGGAUCUGGUGCUGCACAACCAUACACAGCUCUUGCCCUCCAGACAAUUUCCCGUCACUUUCGGUGCUUGCGAGAUGCAAUCAAUGUGCAGGUUCAAGUAACAAGGAGAAGUCUUGGUGAGCAAGAUGCUUCAACAAGCAGUAAAGCGAUUGGAAUAUCUCGCCUCCGGUAUGUAGACCAACAGAUCAAACAGCAGAGAGCCCUGCAGCAGCUUGGUAUGAUGCAGCAACAUGCCUGGAGGCCACAGAGAGGGCUGCCUGAAAGCUCUGUUACAGUUUUACGUGCUUGGCUUUUUGAGCAUUUUCUUCAUCCCUACCCUAAAGAUUCUGACAAGAUCAUGCUGGCAAGGCAGACUGGCUUAACAAGAAGUCAGGUCUCAAACUGGUUUAUAAAUGCAAGAGUGCGUCUUUGGAAGCCCAUGGUUGAAGAGAUGUACAAGGAAGAGGCUGUUGAUGCUGAAAUGGACUCCAAUUCUUCAUCUGAUAUUGCUGGAAAAACCGUAGUUGGUGAUGUCAAGGAAUCUGAAGGUAGAGGCGAAGAUAUACUACAAAGUACAACUUCAACAGUUACUGAGCGAUGCAGUGCCGAGCAAUUGAUUGAGUCAAAGUCUGAUUAUUUUCCUGAUGUAGAAAUGAUGGAAACGAAUAUUGGUCGACCAUUUCAGAAUGACUCCAAUGUUUUACCGGAUACAGCAGUUGUUCAAUCAAUAGAAGGCAACGGUAGAUAUAUGGUAGCUUCUGCUGCUGCGUACCACAUGUCUGAGCUGGAAAGGUUUGAGAAUGGCAGUGGAGUGUCCCUCACCUUGGGGUUGCAACACAGCGAUGGAGGCACCGUGCGAAUGCCCAUCCAAACUUACCAGAAUUAUAUCCCCAUGAGAGGGGAUGAUAAGUGCAGUGUAGCAGCACCUUCCAUGGGUGUACAGGCUGCAGAUUUUGACUGCAUGGACUCGGGAAAUCAGCAGAAUCGAUUUGCCUCCUCUCAAACUUUGCAUGAUUUUGUAGCCUGAGAUCGUUACUUUAUUUAGAAUUGAAGCUAUUGUUGAAAGGAAACUGGCAGGGCGGUGAUUUUUUUUCCUUUAAAUGGGCUAUGAGGAGGUGUUUUUGUCUUCCCUGUAUGAGAUGUAAGAUGAGAAUGUUGUAUAUACAUUGUUUGGUAAGAAUAGCUUAUCUGUAAAAAGUAUGUGAUAUACGGUUUUUGGUUUGGCAAGGGAAAAUAGAAAUAUGCAACA